AAGACACAAAGCUGAACGUGCGUUUGGUUUCAGCCCCACGCGGAGCGCGUUCGUUUCUGCUCCAGAUUGAGCCAUGCGAGUCUUUCUACUGGACGGCGAAACUUUGUUGGAAAACCGUCGUCGGCUUCAAGAGGGCGGCAGUGCUUGCAGUGCGUUGGAGGCUCCGCUGGCGGCUCUGUUAAAGGAUGCCGACGCCAAGCUGAGCGCAGGGCCUUUCUCCGUGACUGCCAAAGCCCACGUGCCGCCCAGUGGGGAUAAGCGCGACUACUGCAGCCAGGGCAGGUACUGGUGGCCGGACCCCGCCAAGCCCGACGGAUUGCCGUACAUCCGCAGGGACGGGCAGCCCAACCCAGACCGGGCGAAGAUGGAAGACGCAGGGAGACGCAAUUCCAUGCAAAAGGCCGUGGUCACCCUGUCCCAUGCUUGGUUCUUCACGCAGCGGGAAGAAUAUGCCGCACGCGCUGCCAAGCUGCUGCGGGUUUGGUUCUUGAACCCGGAAAAACGCAUGAACCCUCAUUUGAGAUACGCCCAGGGCAUCCCCGGGCAGUGCGAGGGUCGCGGCAUCGGCAUCGUGGACUUUGCAAACCUCGUAGAGCUGGUGGACGCUGUGGGCCUGCUGUCCGGCGCAUCUGCCUGGACUGCCGAGGACCAGGAAGGACUCGUUCAGUGGUUCACCGAAUUUCUGCAGUGGCUGCAGACCAGCAAGCACGGCCAUGAGGCGGACCACAUGAAGAACAAUCAUGCGACACAGUACGAUGCACAGCUGAUCUCUUAUGCGCUGUUUGUGGAUAAGCCAGAGAUCGCGCGACAGGUUGCAGAGGCGGGGAAGCGGCGGAUUGAAACCCAGAUCCGAGCAGAUGGGACUCAGCCCCAAGAGCUGAGUCGUGCCACCAGCUGGGACUAUUGCUGCGAGAACCUUCGAAACUUUGGUCGCUUGGCAAGGCUUGCGAGCCAUGUAGAUGUGGACCUUUGGGCGUGGACCUCGAAGGGGCGGAGCAUCCCAAGAGCUGUGGACUAUUUGUUGCCCUUUGCGGCAGGAGAGGUUUGGCCUCACAAGCAGUCACAUGAUUUUCAGGCCUGGCGCCUGAAGCCGGUGCUGCUGCUGGCUCCGCAGCACUUGGGCUACGGCGCCGUGGGGUUGCGGAUGCUGCCGAAGAGCUCCGCCGAGCGGCUGCUCUGUCGUGGGAAGCCGAGCCCAGACCCGGAGCCGCUGGAGCCGGUGGCGCCCGUGGAGCCGGUGGUGGACCCAGAGGAGCCCGUGGAGCCAGAGGAGCCUUUGGACCCCGAGGAGCCGUUAGCUUCGGCAGCCGAAGAAGAAAACGGACCAGACUAGACUCAGAUCGAUCACCUGAUCGCUAGAUUUCAGGC